ACUAGUGCGGGCAGUCAAUUACCGGUGCCGUAAAUAAUGAAAUCUUCACAAUAUGGAUAUGGGUCUAAACUUGAUGCGAGUCUAUUUUUCCUCGCUUCCAGUCAAAAUUGGACUAAAAAAACUAUCCACUUUGUUGAUUCUUCCAACCGUAUAUCCCCAACUUUAAAUGAGUCGGGAGAAUCCCAUAUCCAGUUUGUCGACUUCAUACUCCGUACGGCAAUCACUCAUAUGACUAUAAGUAUGGAAUAACCGUAGAAAAGGCAAAUUUAUCAGACCACAUGAGCCCUAGGUUGGUUUUGUCAUAGUGCCAAAGGUGGCUUAUCCUCCCUGACCAUCUUUCCUCUCUUAAAUCCACCUGUUUUCUGUAACUAACUACCAACGCGUGGCACUGACAAUUGGUUAUUCACAGAAUGAAGACCAAACAAAGGACUGUUUGUCAAAAUUGUAGAGACCACAAGAUCGGGGUAGGCUCAAUUUGCUAGUCCUGUUGACAUGCAACCAACUGCCGCUUCCACUGACAAUUUCCAGUGUGAUGGGAAGCGUCCCCAAUGUAGCCAAUGUGUUCUUACUAAGAGAGAAUGCAAGGGGUACAACGAGGACUGGAAGUUCGUUCAUCAUGCUGGGUCUUUGCGCUCUCCUGGCCGGUCAAACGAUGCAAAGCCGACAUAUGAUAUAAUUCCUUAUGUGAACGAGGAAGCCUCGAAAUCGCUAUGUGGCCCCUCAAUUAAGGUGGCGGAGGAUCAGCCGAGGCAGGUUUCGAGGCCACAUCUUGCUGUGCCCCGUGGCUUGCUCUCUUUACAGUUAAGUAUACAGGCUCUCACGGAAACUAUAAAAGACAUGUAUUUGCCCACUGAAGCGACAAUAGUCAAAGUCAUUCACGGCAAGGAGCAAAUAUGCGGGGCGUGGGUGAAGGAACUGCCUGUUGUUUUUGCCCAAUCCAGCACGGAGCAUGCCGAGUUACUUUUUCGAGUUAUAAAGGUCUUGGCGGCCUCAGUUUAUCCUCAAGGGUCGACAAUUCAAUACUCGAACACCGAGAUGGGUCGCGACUAUCGUGGGGUGCUUCAAAUGGUUCGCACUCGUCUCGCAGCCAACGGUCGGUGCUUUGAACUAGUACCAGCUAUCAUGUGUCUUGCUCUCGCUGAAGUAUGAUUUUGUUCCUUUUAUACAUAGACCUGCAGACUGAUUCGUUCACAAGCUUAUGUUUCCCGACUCUGGGACGGCUUUAUAUGCACAUACUACUGCUAUAAAGGUAUUCUUUGAAACCUUCGGACCCCAUUAUUUCAAGUCUGGGACAUCCCAUGCGCUUUUCCAAGGAUUUAGGCCUCCUAUAGUAUGUCAAUCUCUCUAACCUCAGUGCCUUCUGACGAUUCUUCAUUCCGCAGAUUCUUCAGGCUUUUCGAGACCGCCAGCCAACUUUUCUAUCGUCAGAGUCCUGGAAUAAGAUCCCAUUCACGUCAGCUUGCCCAUCAGCCAUGCAAGCACUCCUCACGGAUGUUUCUACUAUUCCAUUUUUACUAAAGUGCAAUGACGCUUUAUUCGAGAAUGGAAGCUCCGCAAUUCAAGUGGCAGAAAUGUUCCAGUCUUUCAUAGAUGCAUUAGAGCGUCUGACUGAGUGGGAAAACCACUUUCGGCUGGAAAGUGGUUUUCAAUAUUACUGGCAAUGUGGCACUGAUGCCGGCGAAUUGAAUACAUGCCAAAGUCUGCAUGUCCCUAUUACUUUCCUGAACUUUACCAUGGCGAAUUGUCUUAUCCAUAUUUGGGCAAUUCGCGUCAUUUGCCUUGCGGAAACUGAAAGGAUUGUACUAUUUUCUUCGCAUCCAAUCCAGCCCAAGCCGCAUACAUCUCAAUUUAGGAGUGCAGCUUAUGUCCAGGGGCAGAUCAACCAUUUCUCUCGGCUAAUCCUCCGUAGCAUGGAAUAUUUCUUCAGUGAUGACAUGAAACUAUUCGGACCUGCCUCGACUCUCUUUCCACUAUCCGUGGCUUACCAACAAUUUACCGCAGCCUGCUACCAGUGUGAUGAGGAACUUAAGUUCAUUAAUAGUAUUGUCAACCAGUUAAUUGAUAGGGGAUUGCAAUCCGCGUCUUCACUAGUCUAUGGUAUGCCCGGUCCCGACUGAUGCGGACCGCGUUUGUUUGCUCUCUCUUCGACGUUUUCAAAAUUGGAUGCUUGGCUUAAAAAAGAUGCAAAGUUAUCGUUUCCACAAAAUAUAUCUUGAAACAAACACAUUUCACAUCCCAGAAAUAGCUUAGCUGAAAGUGAUGUCUCUCCUACCCAGCCCUAGCUUCCGCGUUCCACCGGGAAAUCGAGGGCCAUCGCAACUUAUCCCUGUAGGAAGCCAUCGAAGUCCUUAAAUAGGGUCAGGUUACCACUGUUAAUCCCUGAACCAAGGU